CAACCCUUCUUCUUUAUGACAAACUUGCGCAAAAAACCAACAGACUCGAGCCAAACGGCUGUCUAUGCGUCGUUUGACGAUGAAAAGAAGCCUAGAGUUAAAACGACGGGCGCUUGGUCCUCAUGGCUGAGGUUACUCUCUUACUGUGGCAUCGCAUUUACCCUCGCCACCUACUUGCACUACCGACUGCCGUCACCGGAUACGCAUCGUGGCAUCCAUCCGACGACAGGACAGACCCAAUUUUCAGAGUAUAAUGCUAUGAAAACUAUUUCUUAUCUGAGCGACACCCUAGGUUACCGUAUUGUUGGUACCGUGGAAGAGCAGCAAACAGCCGAUUAUCUUGAAAACGCAGUGCGUACCUACAAAAAAGAAUCGCAGGGUUUAGUGGGGGCGCCCAAAUUCGAUAUUUGGGUGGAACAAAAAUCAGGCACCCAUCGAUUCGAUAUUAUGGAUAACAUGGUGCUGAAGGCUUAUACCAACAUUACCAAUCUCGUUGUUCGAUUAUCUUGCCCAGCGUCGGCUUCUGAUCCUGCCGGCGUUCGACCCUGUGAGGAAAAUGCGGUACUCAUUAAUGCUCACUUUGAUACCACGCUUGGAUCGCCGGGGGCUACCGAUGACGGCUCAGGAAUUGCCGUGAUGUUGGAUAUUAUUCGGGUCUUGAGUCAAAGGGAUUGGUCGAAUUACAAGAAUGCCAUCGUAUUUUUGUUCAACGGUGCCGAAGAGACUUUACAGGAUGCUUCCCACGCAUUUAUCACAAUGCACGAUAUUAAGGAUACUAUUCGGGCCGUCGUCAACAUUGACGCUUGUGGUACCACAGGUCGCGAAAUCUUAUUUCAGGCAAAUUCUAGAGAGGUGAUCGAAGCCUAUAAACAAGCCCCUUAUCCUCACGGCACCGUCAUGGCAAAUGACGUGUUCCGCACCGGGUUAAUUUUGUCAGAUACCGAUUUUAGACAAUUUGUGCAAUACGGCAAUUUGACGGGCAUUGAUAUGGCGAUCUACAAAAAUUCGUACUUGUAUCACACUCAUUUGGAUGUCACAAAACAUCUUCAGCCAGGCGCUAUUCAACAUUUGGGUGAAAACACGCUGGCCGUGGUCAACUAUCUUGCCCAAAAUUCUUCGUUGGAAGGCAUCGAACCCACCAGCGAAAUCGUUUUCUUUGAUGUUCAUGGUUUAUUCUUUGUCGUGUAUUCAUGGGCGACAGCUUAUCGUAUUCAAAUGGCUACGGCGAUGGUGUGCGGUCUUCUUUUUGUGUACAUCGUGGCCAAAACUCAUGCCUCUUCUCCCUAUCGGUCAGUUCCCAAUAUUCUUGGUGCGUAUGUAAAAUCGACUUUGUCGGUAGUCCUGAGUGCCAUUGCUGCUCUUUUGCUCCCAACCGUCGUAGCCCUUUUCCUUGCAUCCGACAGCGUCAAUCGUCACAUGGCAUGGUUCGCUCGGGAAUGGUAUGGAGCUCUCAUAUUUGCUCCCAUGGCUUUCCUGGGUUCCUAUGGCGUUCAGUACCUUUCUUACUGUCUUCCCGGUCCCCAGCAUGUGGAUGUUGAGUAUGGCGUCUUUAUUUCUCUCAUGCUUGCCUUUGGUAUCAGCACGGUGAUUACCACUCAAACUGGCGUGGCUAGCUCCUACGUGUUUUGGAUCUACUGCUUUAUCCUUUUGAUUGCUUGUCUUGUCAACGAAUUCGUACUGAUGCCCAAGUCCACCGGCAAAAUGCAAAGUCCCAAGGUGCACAAGCUGACGUAUGCCAUCAGUGUGUUUCCAUUGGCGCUAUUGUACACCGAUUACUCGCACGCCUUGGUGGAUAUUUUCGUGCCUCUGACAGGUCGUAUGGGUGUGGACACGCCAGUGGAUAUCAUUGUCGCCAUUAUUUUCGGCAUGGUGUCUUUCAUGAUUUUCUUACCCUCGGUCGCUCACGUUCAUCGAUUCGGAAAACAGCUUCUCUUCCGCAUUCUUCUGGGUCUUGUCCUUGUCCAGAUGGCCGUCCUCGGUAGUGUCUUGCUGAACGGAAACCAUCCAGGUGGAUGGGCUUUUCCUUACGAUGAUAUGCAUCCCAAGAGAAUUUUUGCUCAACAUUUGAAAAACCUUACUUCUGGUGAGAACUAUGUCGCCAUUGCUGAAGCUGAUCAUGGUCCUUACAUCCAAACCAUUGUGACAUCGCUUGAAAACGAGCUGGGCGUUCAAGCCGAACCUCGUCAUGGAUCCAUGCAUCAAAGCGACUGGGACUCGGUGUAUCCAUUCAGUGCCUUUUUGGGAGGCUAUCGGUUUAAUGCGGGUCCGUACAUCAAAUCCCAUACAAACGAUGCUCAAGUAGCGGCGUCUGAUCGUGUCCUUGACCAUCUUGCCGUUCCGGUUCCCAAGUUAUCUGUGCACAAUGAGCAUUAUGACCCUGUUACCGGUGUGCGUUCAUUCACAGUGCUGUGUGUAUCGCCAGGCUAUACUUGGACCGUCAUCGCUUUCGAUGGUCACGUGCUGAAGUGGAGCAUUGAAGAUUCGGAACCGUUAUCACAUGAAUCGCAUUACGUCGUUCGACACGUUACUGGUUACGGUAAUGAUGGUUGGAAGCUGGACUUGUCGGUCAAGGUACCUGAAGAGCAUCGUGCCGAAGCCGCGGCUGGACAAUGGAAGAUGCGAUUUGAAUUCACCGCUCUGGACAGAGAAGUAUUUGCCAGUCGAGGUGAAGAACGCCUUAUUGGCGGUGUGGGUAUCUUGGGCGUGGUUCAACGUAUUUUACCCGAUUGGACCACUGCCACUUGGUUGAGUACGGUGGUGAAAGUAUGGGAAUUGUAAUCUACUUUGUGUGCUAUUUGUCAUUAUUUUUUUUUCAUUUCGUUUUUAUCAUUUUUCUAAUUUUUCCCUCAAAAUAAUACUGCCAGCAUUUGAACCAUUUAUGUUUUCCGCAUCUCUUUCCUGCAUAAAACGUUAG